GGCGCCGUUUCCCCGUUACACCUCAGCACUCUCUCGGCGCCGGUGGUCACCGCUCCCCGGUCGCCGCCAGUAGCAGAAGGUACUCGGAACCCGCUGUCGCCACUGUCGCUGCCGGGUCCCCUGGGCCCCCCAGCCGCCGCCAUGAAGCUGCGCGUCCGACUUCAGAAGCGGACCUGGCCGCUGGAGUUGCACCAAGAGGCGGCGACGCUGGGGCAGCUGCGCGCACACCUGGGCCAGGUCUCGUUGCCCACCUGGGGGUACAGUUCUGAUACCCGGUUUGCAAUUACGUUGAACAACAAGGAUGUCCUCACUGGAGAUGAAGAGACCUUGGCUUCCUUUGGGAUUGUUUCUGGGGACUUGCUAUGUUUGGUUCUUGAAGAUGCCAUUCCAGCACCUAACUUGCCUUCAUCCACAGAUUCAGAGCAUUCCUCACUCCAGAAUAACGACCAAGCCCCUUUGGCCGCCAGCUCCACCCCACCCAGCGUACCUGAUGAACAACUGAGUGAUUCGUCCCAAGGACUGGCAGCCCAGUCUGGUGUCGGCAAUGGCGACAGUGUGCCAGGUCCUAGUCAAAAUGUCGAAGAGGAGCCAGUUGAAGAUGCUGUGGGUAUGGGAGUGGGCACCGGUUUCUGCCCCUCAGAGCCAAUGCUCUGCAGCGAGGCGGUGGAAGGGCGAGUGCCUCAUUCACUGGACACCCUGUAUUAUGCUGCUGACUGCUCUAAUGCCAACGAUGCCUUGAUCGUGUUGAUCCAUCUGCUUAUGUUGGAGUCGGGCUACAUUCCGCAGGGGACGGAGACCAAGGCCACAUCCAUGCCGGAGGACUGGAAGGCCGGGGGCGUGUACAAGCUGCAGUACACGCACCCCCUCUGCAACGGCGGCCUGGCUGCUCUCACCUGUGUGCCUUUGGGAAACCUCAUCGUCAUAAAUGCGACCCUGAAAAUCGACCAUGAGAUCAGAAGUGUGAAACGCCUGCAGCUGCUGCCUGAGUCAUUCAUUUGCAGAGUGGAAGCAGGGGCAGAUGUAGCCAAGAUCUACAAAGAUCUGCAGAAGCUCUCCCGCCUCUUCAAGGACCAGAUGGUGUAUCCUCUCCUGGCUUUCACCCGACAAGCCCUGAACCUCCCAGAUGCGUUUGGGCUGCUAGUCCUCCCACUGGAGCUGAAGCUGCGCAUCUUCCGACUUUUGGAUGUCCGCUCUGUCCUGUCCCUGUCGGCCGUGUGUCGUGACCUCUUCAUUGCGUCCAAUGACCAGCUCCUGUGGAGGUAUUUGCUUCUGCGGGAUUUUCCAGGCAUUAAGUUUGUCCGGGAGUUCCACAUGGAUUGGAAACAGCGAUACAAGGUCAGCUACAAGGAGAGGAGACAGCCGGUGUACCUGCCCUCGCCACCCCACCCCACGCCAUUGCCGUUCUACCCCCACCCCUUGGGCCCCUACUCCCCCAGCCCUCUGUAUCCCCCGGGCAUCAUCGGUGGCGAGUACGAUGUGAGACCCUUGCUUCCCUUCGCUGGAGGCCCAAUUGGUUCCCUCAUCCCUGGGCCUGGGCAGAUUCCUGGCCAGUUUCCCCCACGCAGACCACACUUUGAUCCAGUGAUUCCAGAGCCGAACCCCACCUUGCCAGGGCGAGGAGGCCCCAAUAACAGAGGUCCCUUCAGGCCCGGCAGGGGCCGGUUCACAGACAACCAGCUGCCAUUCAUGUGACGGGGCUGGCCGUCUUACUUGGGGGAGCUUGUGCUUUGAUGGUGUUCCGGCCCCCGGUUCCUCCCUCGCUCCCCAGGUGUCAUCCCUUGGUGCACCGACUGCUGGUUCCUUUCCUGGUCCUGACUGACAGUAAGACAAGGCAGCCAUGCGUUCACAGAAUCCUUUCAGUAGAGAUGCUGGCCCUCUAGGGGUGGGGCCUGGGCCCAGUGCUGCUGUUGAACAAGGUCUCGAUUUGGGGACCCUUCACCUCUGAUUUCUACCCCCUGGCUCUCCCCUGGGACCGGAAACUGUUUCUUGAUAAUACUCUGCAUCCGAUUUUAAAGAAAAGUACAUGUCAAUAA